AUGGGUUUCUUUGAUCACGACAGCGAGGAGGCUCGCCACCACGACCAGGUCACCAACCGCCCCCACGAGGCCAAGUGGUCCCACGAGCUCAUCGGUGGUGCUGCUGCCUACGAGGCCAUGAAGGCCUACGAGGACCACGAGGCCCGCAACGGCAAGGUUGACAACCACGCCAAGGCCAAGGAGAUCAUCGCCGGUUUCGCUGGUGCUUUCAUCGACCGUGAGGUUGAGACCAAGGGUCUGGACUUCGUUGACCGCGAGAAGGCCAAGCACCACGCCAAGGAGCGCCUCGAGGAGGGUAUGGGCCGCAGCGGCCGCUGGUAA